GCGAUAGAUCAGAAAAUAACGCAGGAAAAUGACUUUGUUUAGUAUGAAUCUCUCAAGCAACAUUGCCAGAAUAAUUACGUUUUAAUUUCCAGCCUUCCGAUCUGGAUAAUUUUCCAACCAUAAGCACUACAUGUUUUGCGGCAAAAAGAAGGCACCGUCCGUAAUUCCCACAGAUCCGCAUAUUUCCGAUGUCUCAGACGACGAUUUCAGUGACGGAGAAAAUAUUUCCCAAACAAAUGAGCUUAACGAUGAAGAAGAAGUGCCUUCAGGACUUGACAACAUUGCAGUUCCCAUUCAGUAAU